AGGGGAGGAGCUGGGGAGGCGGAGGUUGGGGUAAGGGGGAGGAGAGGCAGACGGCUACGGGAGCUUAAGAGGAGAGGUCCAGAAGCCCCAGCUAAGAAGAAGGAAUCUAAGAUCCAAGUGAAACGACUUGCCAUGCUUAUCCAGUGAUCGGUGCUGAGUUUCAAAUCCAAGUCUUCUGCCUACAACUCCAGGACGCUACCCACUGUGGCACAUUGCUCUUUGUCCUAUCAAAGGUGCCCUGGUUGUUCAUUUUAUUCUGCUUUCACUUUCCUGAUUUCACCUGAUUCAGGUGCCUGGCCCAGGUCCAGAGGACUGUGAUGUGCAGAAAAGAAAUGAGGCAGUUGCUGUUGCCCCUUGCCCUGUGGCUCAGUGCUCUGGGGCCCACAGGAACCAGGGGGGAUGAGCUCUCGGUGCUACAACAACGGGGCUUGCAGGUGGCUUUGGAGAAGUUCCACAAUCACCCACCUGUGCAGUGGGCAUUCAAGGAGAUCGGUGUGGACAGUGCCAGCGACAUGUCAUUCCCUGGAGGGACAUUUGUUCGACUGGAGUUUGGGCUCCAGCAGACCAGCUGCCGAAAGAAGGACUGGAAGAAUGCUGAGUGUAAGGUGAAGCCCAAUGGGCGGAAGAGGAACUGUUUGGCUUGCAUCAAGUUUGAUUCCAAGGAUCGGAUCCUGAAACAGAUGAUUCACUGCCCCAUUGGGACCCCGUUGAGUCAAAGGGAUCCUGAGGGGCAGCAGGAAAGCCAGUGCACUCAAGUGGAGAGAGCUGGUGAGGAACCCCACAGCUAUUACUUCCCUGGCACAUAUGCCUUUUCUAGGAGUCACAGCUCUGGCUGAAUCCUAAGCAGGGUGUUACGUUGCUUUCAAUCCUUUUGAAAACCAAUGAAUAGUGCAAAGGCUCCCCACCCACCAGGGACAGCACCCCUUAUCCCUCCUCACCUGGGAGAAGAGGCCAGGCCCUACUAACCCUGUACACAGCACCCUUGCUUCUUCCUGUCUCAAAUAAAACUUCCAAAAACUUUGUGCUCCCUA